CGGCCGCUCCUGCUCCUGACUCACCGCUGUUCGCUCUUGCCGAGGAACAAGUCGGUCAGGAAGCCGCGCCGCCGCCAUGGCUUUUAAGGAUACCGGAAAGACGCCCGUGGAACCAGAGGUGGCCAUUCACCGGAUUAGAAUUACUCUAACCAGCCGCAACGUGAAGUCGCUGGAGAAAGUAUGUGCUGACUUGAUUAGAGGUGCAAAGGACAAGAACCUGAAAGUGAAGGGCCCAGUUAGGAUGCCUACCAAGACUCUGAGAAUCACAACAAGGAAGACACCUUGUGGUGAAGGUUCUAAGACCUGGGACCGCUUCCAGAUGAGAAUCCACAAGCGACUCAUUGACUUGCACAGUCCUUCUGAGAUUGUUAAGCAAAUCACUUCCAUCAGUAUUGAGCCUGGAGUAGAGGUUGAAGUCACCAUUGCAGAUGCUUAAGUCAACUAUUUUAAUAAAUUGAGUAUCCAUUGGUAGAUUUUGUUGGCUUUUAUUCAGAAUAC